AUGUUAAGGAGUUUACUAGUAUAAUAUUACGCUUAAAUUAUAGUUUGUAGUUGUAUUAUAGAACGCCAAGUCAUUAUUUUAUUUACUAUUAUUUAUUGCUUACCUUCAUUCUAUCGUUCUAUUUAUUUCGUAGUAUUAAUUUUUUAUUUUUAUAUACUACAUCUUGUUGAAUACUAUCAACUUAGAAUUGUAUUGUAAAUCUUAAAAUUGUAUUCUGUAUAUUAAUUAUUGACGUUAAAUAGUCGCGAAUAUAGAUAUGGAAAAGAAAGGCAAGAAUACUAGUCAAAAGAAGAAUCUUGCCAAAAUGCAAACCAUGAAAUUAAAUGAUUGCAAAGUAGUGAUAUUAAAGCUAGUGGAUGAAUUACUCGAUGCAACGAGUAUGAUGUCCAAUUCCCCAUCAAUCAAAGAACAGUGGUCCAUACAUUUGGUGAUUGUCAACUUAUUAUCCAAGAUUAAUCAGUUUGAAGCAGAGUUUGAUUUGAAACCCUUGUCUCAGAGAAAUGAUCAAUCCAUUGAGAAGUUGACUAAAUGGGCCACAAAAAACGGUGCUAUUCUUAAUGGAGUAGAAAUUCAUAAAUUCGAAAAUUAUGCUUAUGGUAUGAAAGCUACUAAAAAUAUUGCUGUUGGUGAUAAACUUGUGACCGUACCAAGAGCUUUGAUGAUGACUGAAGAAAAUAUACCAUCAUCUCCACUUUGGAAAUUACACUCACAAGACAUGAUGCUGCGUAAUAUGCCUAAUGUGGCUCUGGCAAUAUUCAUUUUGGUUGAAUCUUUGCGAAAAGAUAAGAAAAGUUUUUGGCAUUCAUAUUUAACUACAUUGCCAGUAACAUAUUCAACGCCAGUAUAUUUUGAUGUAGCUGAUCUAGAAGCUUUGAAAGGAUCGCCUGCAUUUGAAGCAGCAUUGAAACUUAAUAGAAAUAUAGCUCGACAAUAUGCAUACUUCAAAAAAUUGUUUCAGCUGUCCAGUGAUCCAGCUAGUGUAAUAUUAAAAGAUACGUUUACUUAUGAGUAUUAUAGGUGGGCAGUUUCGACGUUAAUGUCACGUCAAAAUACAGUUCCCAGCUCAGAUAAUCCGUCUGAAAAUGUUAGUGCACUCAUACCACUUUGGGACAUGUUCAACCAUCAUAGUGGAAGACUGUCGACCGAUUUCGUCAAGUCAAAUAACGUGUGCGUGUGCUACGCCGACGCCGACUACGUGGCCGACGAACAAGUGUACAUAUUCUACGGGGUGCGCACCAACGCCGACUUCCUGGUGCACAACGGAUUCGUGUAUCCGGACAACGAGCACGACGCCGUGAAGAUACGAUUGGGGGUAUCUCGGUCCGACCCGCUCUACUCGCUCCGGUACCGUUUGCUCCAGACGCUCUCGCUUCCCGCCCUCGCCGACUUCUACCUCACGCCCGGCUCGUUUCCUAUUGACGGCAAGCUCCUUGCAUUCGUCCGUAUCUUCAACAUGGAUCAAAAAACAUUGGACGAUUGGAUACAAAUGGAAGAGAAAAAUUGCCUGAACUUGACGUUACUAGAUGGUACUCUCGAUCCUGCUCUCGAGAUAAAAUGCUGGGAAUUCUUGCAAGUCAGGAUCAAUUUAUUAAUAAAGCAGUAUCCAGCACCAUCGGAAAAUGUGGAUAAGCUGUCAACAUUUCAACAGCUGGCCUAUACUCAGAUACAAUUGGAAAUGGACAUAUUGAAAAACGCAUUGGAAUAUGUUAAACAACGCUUGGACAUUAUGUUAAAGCCAUAAUUAUAUUAAAAAAAACUAUUUUAUUAUUAUCUCUAUUUAAUAUAAUUUAACUGUAAGGACUUUCAA